GUCGAACGUGCAGGAUCGCCGAGCGAUUCGUCGACGAUCUAGCCUAUUCUUCACUUUUCUGUUUUACUCUGAUACUGUUACAACUCUGAUAACGGUCGUCUCCAGGGGCCGCUUCUCGUUUAAGCAAAAGUUAACCAAGUGAAAGAGGCGCGCGUUAGAGUAAUCUAGACUCGCGGGAGACGCGCAAGAUCUCGACGAAGUAACGACACACGACGCGACAGCCGAAGAAAACGAAAUCGGAGAAGAGUGUUUCUAGAGUGUGAAUUUGUGAAUUUUUAUGUGUUAAAACGCUUGAGGUGGCUCAGUUACAUUUGGCGAAUCUUCAAGUGUGAAAAUAUGGGACGAGGAUACGACGGUGGUCUGAUUCUUAUGCUCGCCGAAUUUUGUUUUUUGACGGUACUGGUGACGCAGAAUGCUUGCGCGUAUCCACACAAAAUUGAUCAGAACGAGAGGAAUAUCGACCAAUUUCCUGAUAUUUUAAGCUACUCUAAUAGAGAUGAAACACAAAGCGAUCUCGGAGGAUUGAUCGAGAAAAAAUUCGAGGACAAUGAAUCGUUCCAUUACGAACGUAGAUUUCAGAGGGAUACUUCUGGUAAUCAACAGGAAGGUUCAUCGCCGCACAGUAGGAUGCAUUCAGACGGCAAAAUUGUAUUCCCCGAUGAAACAAAACCGGUGCCAGUUUGUAAAGAAUCUACCUUUUGCGAGAGAGUGGACACUUAUCCCGAAGAUAUAGUAACCAAAGCAAUUCAACGAAACGAAAGCCUUAAAUAUUUGGCAGGUGUAGAUGUAAUAUCUGACAUAGCACAAAGGAUUGACGUAACAGACGACGUACCCCUUUGCGUCUCUACUGAACAAGUCAUAUAUCCCCAGUCAGCGGAGAACAAAGACAACGAAUGGAAAUACAUUGCGAAUCAAGAAAACUUCAAACAGGGUAUACGUAUCGAAAAGUGUAGAACAGAAAGUACCAGUUGUGCCAUGUUUGGUGAGCUUGCUGCGGGUUAUAAAACGAGCUGCAAGCAAAAAUACGUUUACAGACAACUCGCGUCGGUAUUGGAAGACGGCACGCUUGUUCCUGACACUUUUCGAUUUCCAUCGAGUUGUUGCUGUCACGUAACGUUCAGCACAAAUCCGCUUAUGCACAGAAGUCUAGUCACGCCUACUAAAACGCGUAGGAGGAAAUGAAUGUUUGUUUCAAUAUUACGAACAAAUACAAGGAGAGGCUCUUUUAUAGAGCGUUCAUUAAUAUCCCCUUGAUUCUCAGUGAGAUUUUCAACAAGUAUGCAUUUAGAGUACAUUCGUUGUUGUUUGAAAAACAAAUCGUGAGAAACAACAGUGCAACGUUAUUUCUAUGGUAUUUUAAG